GCCUACGGAAAUCCUAGGGAGGGGGUUAGGAGCAGCUGCGCCCCCCUCCCUGCGGCUGCCGCCCCCCUGCUUUUAAGGCGCUGCUCCCUGCCGCGUGCGCCCGGGCAGUGCAUCUCGGCAGGCCCCAACCAUGUCGAUGCUGCCGUCGUUCGGCUUCACGCAGGAGCAAGUGGCGUGCGUGUGCGAAGUUCUGCAGCAAGGCGGGAACCUGGAGCGUCUGGGCAGGUUCCUGUGGUCGCUGCCCGCCUGCGACCACCUGCACAAGAACGAAAGCGUGCUCAAGGCCAAGGCCGUGGUUGCGUUCCACCGCGGGAACUUCCGCGAGCUCUACAAGAUCCUGGAGAGCCACCAAUUCUCGCCUCACAACCACCCCAAGCUGCAGCAACUGUGGCUGAAGGCGCACUACGUGGAGGCCGAGAAGCUGCGCGGCCGGCCCCUGGGCGCGGUGGGCAAAUAUCGGGUGCGCCGAAAAUUCCCGCUGCCGCGCACCAUCUGGGACGGCGAGGAGACCAGCUACUGCUUCAAGGAGAAGUCGCGGGGUGUGCUGCGGGAGUGGUACGCGCACAACCCGUACCCCUCGCCUCGUGAGAAGCGGGAGCUGGCCGAGGCCACGGGGCUCACCACCACCCAGGUCAGCAACUGGUUUAAGAACCGGAGGCAAAGAGACCGGGCCGCCGAGGCCAAGGAAAGGGAGAACACCGAAAACAAUAACUCCUCCUCCAACAAGCAGAAUCAACUCUCUCCUCUGGAAGGGGGCAAGCCGCUCAUGUCCAGCUCAGAAGAAGAAUUCUCACCUCCCCAAAGUCCAGACCAGAACUCGGUACUUCUGCUGCAGGGCAAUAUGGGCCACGCCAGGAGCUCAAACUAUUCUCUCCCUGGCUUAACGGCCUCACAGCCCAGCCACGGCCUGCAAGCCCACCAGCAUCAGCUCCAGGACUCCCUGCUGGGCCCUCUCACCUCCAGUCUGGUGGACUUGGGGUCUUAA